GACACCAUAUCAUCAAAUAAUUUCUUUGGAUGAAGUGAAAGCCUUUUGUUUGCAGAAUGGAUGCUGCAAAGCUAAUUCCUCUUAUAAGAAAUGCCGUUGAAUCAAAAUCAAACAAACAUGCCAAACUCAUUCACCAGAAAGUCAUCACCUCCGGCCUACAGAACAACAUCGCAAUAUGCAAGAACCUCAUUAGCCUCUUCUUUUCUUGCCAAUUAUUCCAAUCUGCAAGCAUAGUUUUUCAUUCCAUUGAAUACCCAUCAGACAUUACUUUAUGGAACAGUUUGAUUUCAAAUUACACAAAGAAUUUCAUGUUCAAUGAAGCUCUUCAAGUCUUUGAAAAGCUUAUGCAUUUCACUUUUUCCAAACCCGAUAGUUACACAUACCCAAGUCUCUUGAAAGCUUGUAGUGGAUUGAAGUUUGUUAACUUUGGUAGAAUGAUCCAUACUCAUCUUGUGAAAAGUGGGUUUAUGAGCGAUGUUGUUGUUACGAGUUCUUUACUUGGGAUGUAUGCAAAAUGUGGCGUGUUUGGGUUGGCAGUGCAGGUGUUUGAUGAAAUGCCUGAGAGAGACGUCGCUUGUUGGAAUGCUGCGGUUUCUUGUUAUCAUCAAGAUGGGCAGUACGAGAAAGCACUGGAUUUGUUUGGGAAGAUGAAAGAUCAUGGGUACGAACCUGAUUCUGUCUCGUUCACGACAGCUAUAUCGGCUUGUGCCAAGCUUAUGAAUCUUGAAAGAGGUAGAGAGAUUCAUACCGAAGCAGUGAGAAACGGUUUUGAAUCAGAUGGUUUUGUUCAAGCUGCUGCCAUUGACAUGUAUGGCAAAUGUGGUUGUUUAGAGAUGGCCGUACAAGUUUUCGAACAAAUCCCUUUCAAGAGUCUGGUUUCUUGGAACUCCAUGAUUGCAGGAUAUAGCUUAAAAGGCGAUAGCAAAUCUUGCAUUCAACUUUUAUCGAGGAUGAACGUGGAAGGAAGAACUAAACCAAAUUCCACAACUUUAAGCAGUUCACUAAUGGCUUGUUCUAAAUCAGCAAACUUGAAGCACGGCAAGUUCAUCCACGGGUACAUAAUAAGAAACAACCUAAAAGCUGAUGCCUUCAUUUACAGUUCACUGCUAGACCUGUACUUCAAAUGUGGACACGCUCAAUCAGCUGAAUCCAUCUUCAAGAAAAUGCCUAAAACGAAUGUUGUUGAAUGGAACUUAAUGAUUUCUGGAUAUGUAGCAGUAGGUUUGUAUCUUGAAGCUCUUGAGACCUAUAAUGCCAUGAAUGCAGCCGGUGUCGCACCUGAUGGCAUCACGUUCACGAGCAUUUUGGCAGCGUGUACGCAACUCGGAGCACUAGAAAAGGGCAAGGAUAUUCACAGAUCUAUUGUUUCUGGCGAGUUUGAGUCGAAUGAGAUAGUCAUGGGGGCUCUUCUCGACAUGUACACCAAAUGUGGUGCCAUAGAUGAAGCUCAAGAUGUUUUUAGUCGAUUACCCGAAAGAGAUCUUAUUUCUUGGACCUCAAUGAUAACAGCUUAUGGUGCACACGGGCAAGCUUCUAAAGCACUGAAACUCUUCCAAGAAAUGCAGGGAUUGAAGAUAAAACCAGAUAGAGUCUUGUUUUUAGCAGUAAUCUCAACAUGUAGCCAUGCCGGAUUAGUCAACGAAGGGUGUUAUUAUUUCAAUCAAAUGGUUCAUGAUUAUGGGAUCCAACCGAAAGUCGCAGAUUACUCGUGUCUAGUGGAUCUUCUUGGUCGUGCGGGAAGAUUACAUGACGCUUAUGAUAUUCUGAGAAGAACUGUAAGUAUCAGAGAAGACGUUGAACUGUUGAGCACGCUGUUUUCUGCGUGCUAUUUACAUGGUGAUUUAGAAUUAGGUGAGGAAAUUGCGAGUUUGAUUAUUGAUAAGGAUCCUGAUGAUCCGUCUACAUAUAUUGUGAUGGCUAACAUGUAUGCUUCGAUCAAGAAAUGGGACGAGGCAAGAAAAGUGAGGUUGAAGAUGAAAGAGCUCGGAUUGAGAAAGAAUCCUGGGUGUGCUUGGAUUGAAAUUGAUAAAAAGAUCGAAGCGUUCUUCGUGGAGGACAAAUCAAUCCCGAAAGCAGGUAUGGUAUACGAGUGUUUAUCGAUUCUUGGUGGUCAUAUGAACAAGGAUGAACAGUUUCAGACCAAAGACGAAGGAUCGUAUGAGAAUAGGAGUUAAGGUGAGAAGCAUAAGAAAGGGUUUGGAC